GGGGGGGGAUCCCGCUGCCACCGCCCGGGCAUGGCCCGUGACCGCGGCCCGCCGGUCCUGCGGCAGCCCGGAGCCGCGCCGGGCCUGCUCCCCCCCGCCACCGCCACCGCCACCGGGGGCUGGGGCUGGGGCUGGGGCUGGGGCUGGGGCUGGGGCUGGCUGGGAGCGGGGCUGGGGCCGGCGCUGGUGCUGGGGCUGCUGGCCGCCCUCCUCGCCUGGCUCUGCUACGGCGGGGGCGGGCGAGGCGGGGAGGGCGGCGGCGAGGGGCCGCGGCGGGCGAGGGGCGAGGCGGCGGCCACAGAGGAUGAGGCGGCGAGUGGUGAGGGAGCGCUGCUGGAGGCCGAGCCUGCCGCCCCGUCCGGCCCGCGGAAACCGGGAGAGGAUCUGGUGUCUGUACCGAGGGAAGAGCUUAACCACGUCCUGAGUGGCGGAGUUUCAGGAGACCCUCUGGAGAAGGAGCAGCCGCUCCCGAAGCGGGCCGCUGCCUACUCCAGGGAACCUCCAGCCGAUAUGCCUGGCAGCCGGGCGGGUGACUCGGGACCCCAGGCGGGACAGGCAAGCGAUGGGUGGUGCGUGAUGAGCUCGGCAGGAGCCUCUGGCGACGUUUGGAAGGACAGAAGCGAGGAGCAGCCGGGUGAGCCGGCCGAGGGUAGGGACUUGGACCACGAAGAGUGGGAAGUUGUUUCUGAGCACCUGGCCUGGGGGGAGGCUGGGAAGAGUGGUGGUGUGGAAGACUCCGACAGCAAGGAAUGGGAACAAGGAGACUGCCCCGAUGGGGACCUGAGAGCAAAGAGAGUCGUGGCUGUGCCCCCCAUGUUUCAGAACAUCCACGUGACUUUCCGCGUGCACUACAUCACGUGCUCUGAUGCUCAGCUGAUCGGUGUUACAGGUGACCACGAAUGUCUCGGCCAGUGGCACAGCUACGUUCCCCUCAAGUAUGACAAAGAUGGCUUCUGGUCCGAAUCCAUUAGUCUGCCAGUAGACACCAAAGUAGAGUGGAAAUUUAUCUUGGUGGAGAAUGGGAAGGUCAGCCGUUGGGAAGAAUGCGGUAACAGGACCCUUGUGACUGAACACGAUGAUCAAAUUGUGCAUCAGUGGUGGGGAUACCAUUAGUGGGGUUUUGGAAGCUGCUUAUCUAACAGCAAACCUGCUUAGAUUUACCACAGAGCCCCUAAACUCUACCCUUUCUUCAGUAGGAGACCUCAAGUGCAGAGCUCUGUAAAGUCUGUCUCAAACCUGGUUAAACUGCAUGAGCAGCAGGUCCCUGCCAACCCCCCCCCCCCCCCCCCCCCCCCAGGAAACCCAUCAGCAACCUGAAAAGUCAACCGCGGGCGCGUCCUGACGGUGGGCAGGGCAGGCUGGGAAGGCGGGAGCGGCAUUCCGAGCAGCUGCCCGUCCAGGUAAAGCUGGACCCUGGAUUUGAGUUUGUGUUGCUUCGAGCGGGGCUGUGGGAUGCACCUUUGUACCAACGGCUUGGGGCUUUAGAAGUGUUCCAGGAAGCGUGGUUACCUGCACUGUAAUAGGCGUGUCAGUGUUUUAACUUAUGUCAUGUAUUGAGUAAACAAUAAAGACUUUCAGUCUGACAGUCCAUUACA